AUGGAAAAGAUGGAGAAAGUCCCUGUGCCGGUGCGUACCGGUAACAAGCCCAGCAAGAAGCGGAACGUAGCCCUAGCUGCUUCCUUGCUUACUGGAGCUCUUUUGUUCAACCUUCCUUCUCUCGCUCGCGUUCCUCGGACCAUAAGUGGGGGAGCCAGUCCCCACGUCGAUACAAUCAAUCACGACUCCUGGUGCUCGAUCCCCGAGCCAGUCGCGCCGGUUGACGAUGGACUGGAGCACCCCUUCAAGUUUCUUGAGGAAGACUAUAUCCUGAAACAAGUGGAGCGCAUGGCUGCGGCUAUCAAGAUUCCCACUGAGAGCUUCGAUGACAACGGCGACGUCGAUGUGGACCCUCGCUGGGCUCCAUUCGAUGACCUUCACGUGACACUGAAGGAAAUGUUCCCCUUGGUGCAUGAGAAAAUGAACUUGACCAAAGUCAACACAUAUGGUCUCAUAUACACGCUUCCGGGUACGUCAAAAGAGUUGAAGCCGCUUCUCCUUGCUGCACACCAAGACGUCGUCCCUGCUACCUCUGUCGAGAAAUGGACACAUCCCCCGUUUGAGGGGCACUAUGACGGCGAAUACCUCUGGGGUCGUGGUGCCGUCGACUGCAAAAACAACCUCAUCGGCCUCUACUCAGUCAUGGAGGAUCUGUUGGCGCAGAACUUCAAGCCGAAACGGACCAUCAUUUUCGCCUUCGGGUUUGAUGAGGAAACGGGCGGGAAGCGUGGCGCGAAGACGCUCGGUGUGGAGCUUGAAAAGCAGUGGGGGCAAGACAACAUCGCCAUGAUCGUCGACGAGGGCGGCAUGGGCCUGGACGUCCUCGGAGACUAUGUCUACGCCAAGCCAGGUGUCACCGAGAAGGGCUACAUUGACAUUAUUCUUACCAUCGAUGUCGAUGGCGGACACAGCUCGCGCCCGCCGCCGCAUACUGGCAUUGGCAUCAUGGCAGAGCUUCUCAUCGAGCUGGAAGCCCAUCCUUACACCCCUCGGCUUGCGCGUGACAAUUCUUUCCGCAACCUACUUGAAUGCCAGGCCAAAUAUUCUCCCGACCAGGUCGAGCCAUGGCUGGCGGAAUCCCUCGCCAAGAACGAGGACGAAGAAGUACUGGGAGCACGUCUUGCCGAGAGUCGGGAAGAGGAACGCUUCAUCUUCCAGACAUCGCAGGCGGCCGACGUCAUUUGGGGCGGCAAGAAGGUCAACGCUCUGCCCGAGAGCGUGCACGCCGAAGUCAACUACCGUGUCUCCGCACACGACGCUCCGCUCGAGAACAUCAAAAACAAGGCCGUUGGUCUUCUGCGGCCAAUUGCGCAGAAACAUGGUCUUGCUCUCAACAUUUUCGGCACUGUCGAAGAGCCGGCCACCCAAUCUAUCGGAAAACUGACGUUCGAUUUGGACCAGCCUCUUGAGCCGGCGCCCAUCACUUCGACGAGCUUGGACAACCCAGUCUGGAAGCUGUUUAGCGGGACUAUUCGACAAACGUUUGAGAACAUUCCGUCCCUUGGAGGAAGAACUGUGGUACCGGUUGGUGACAUGAUGAUGGGCAACACUGACACACAACAUUACUGGAACCUCACGAAGAACAUUUACCGCUACGGUCCUGGCCGCGAGGGUACUAGAAUCAAUCCUCAUACUGUCGAUGAGCGUGUCGAAAUGCUCUCGCAUGUCGAGGCCAUGGUCUUCUACUAUGAUCUUAUCCGCAACUUUGAUCAAUCCAGCGACUUUUGA